UAGUUUCUAAAUUGAUUUGAAUACGAAUUACUCUAAUAAAGCACCAACUUAAUUAUUAUUAACUUAAAAUAGACCCAUUGCUUCUUAUAUAUAUAUGUGUUCUAGAGUUACCAAGCAUGCUCAUCAGAAACUAAUUGAACACCAAGAGUUCAUUAAGAGAACAUAAUGAUGAAGAUGAAAGGAAAUCCAAUUUUAUUGAUAGUAGUAUUAUAUUUGUUUGGUGUAAUUUGUGUUGGAGAAUCAAGAAAAUCAUCAGGUGAUAUAAGUGAAACAGAGAAUGAGAAGAAAGUAUAUAUUGUGUAUAUGGGAGCAGCUGAUUCAUCAAAUGCUUCCCUUCGCAAUGAUCAUGCUCAUCUAUUAAACAGAGUGUUAAGAAGGAAUGAGAAAGCUCUAGUAAGAAACUACAAACACGGAUUCUCAGGCUUCGCAGCUCAUCUAUCAAAAGAAGAAGCAAACUCAAUUGCUCAACAACCUGGUGUUGUUUCUGUCUUCCCUGAUCCCAUUCUCAACCUUCACACUACACGUUCAUGGGAUUUCCUCGACUUACAAACUCAUGUCAAAAUCAACACUCACUCAGAUUCUUCUUCUUCUUCUUCAUCCAACGUCGUAAUUGGCAUACUAGACACAGGGAUAUGGCCAGAAGCAGCAAGUUUUUCAGACAAGGGAAUGGAUCCUAUACCAGCCAGUUGGAAAGGCAGUUGCAUGAAUUCAAAAGACUUCAACUCAUCCAACUGUAACAGGAAAAUAAUAGGAGCAAGGUGUUAUUACCAUGAAAGUGAAGGAGACGAUAGCACGGCAAGGGAUAUAGUUGGACAUGGGACCCACACAGCAUCGACGGCGGCAGGGAUCCCCGUGAGUGAUGCGUCUUACUACGGUGUGGCAUCAGGGACAGCAAAAGGUGGGUCCCCUGAAUCAAGGCUAGCAAUAUACAAAGUGUGCUUUAAAGAGUUUGGGUGUUCUGGAUCCGCCAUCCUUGCGGCGUUUGAUGAUGCAAUUUAUGAUGGUGUGGAUGUACUUUCGGUUUCGCUUGGAGAACAUUCAUACGAUUUGACAACCGAUCCGGUUGCAAUAGGAGCUUUCCACGCAGUUGAACGUGGCAUUCUCGUUGUUUGCUCCGCGGGGAAUUCAGGACCCCACAACAGAACGGUUCUUAACGAUGCUCCUUGGAUUUUUACUGUUGGAGCUACCACUAUUGACCGUGAUUUGCAGUCUAAUGUUCUUUUGGGUAGUAAUAAAGUUAUCAAGGGUCGAGCCAUUAAUUUCUCCCCACUUUCAAAAUCUGCUGAUUAUCCAUUGGUAUACGGCUACUCUGCCAAGACGAGUUCUAGUGACUUAGAUGAAGCUAGGCAGUGUUACGAAAAUUCUUUAGAUGAAACAAAAGUGAAAGGAAAGAUUGUCGUUUGCGAUGGCAUAGAUGACUAUAAUUUAGCCUUCAACAAAACUAACACGGUGCAAAAGGUGGGUGGAAUAGGUAUUAUUCAUAUUACUGACCAAGAUGGAGGAGAUGCAAUAUAUUAUGGUGACUUUCCAUCAACUGAAGUAAUUCCAAAAGAUGCUGCCACAAUCCUCCAGUAUAUCAAUUCAACCAGCAAUCCAGUGGCAACAAUUCUACCAACAGUUACAGUCUUGGAUUAUAAACCUGCACCUAUGGUGGCAAUGUUUUCAUCUAGAGGGCCUUCAUACCUUUCAAAGAAUAUUCUCAAGCCUGAUAUUGCAGCACCAGGUGUUGGUAUUCUUGCAGCAUGGUUUGGCAAUGACACGAGCGAGGUUCCAAAAGGUCAAAAGCCCUCACCAUUUAAAAUUGUCUCAGGGACUUCCAUGUCAUGCCCGCAUGUUUCAGGCCUUGCAGCCAGCAUCAAAGCUCGAAAUCCUUCAUGGAGUAUCUCUGCAAUCAGAUCAGCCAUCAUGACAUCAGCAAAUCAAAUUAACAAUAUGAAUGCUCCAAUUACAACGGAUUCAGGAUCAGUUGCAACACCCUAUGACUUUGGAGCAGGGGAAAUAACAACAUCUGAACCAUUUCAACCCGGGCUAGUUUAUGAAACCACCACCGUUGACUACUUGAAUUACUUGUGUUACCUUGGAUUCAAUAUAAACACAAUUAAGGUUAUCUCCAAAACUAUCCCAAAUAGUUUCAGUUGCCCCAAGGAUUCAACUAAUGAUCAUAUUUCCAACAUCAACUACCCUUCCAUAGCAAUCUCCAACUUCAAUGGGAAAGGAACCGUGAAUGUGACUAGAACUGUUACCAACAUUGGUGAAGAGGAUGAAACUGUCUACACUCCUAUCAUCGAUGCUCCGAUUGGGGUGGAUGUUAAGUUGAUUCCAGAUAAACUUCAAUUUAAAAAAAGUAUAAAGAAAUUGAGCUUCAAAGUUGUUUUCUCGUCGACUUCAACCUUGGAGGAAGAUCUGUUUGGAUCCAUUACCUGGAGUAAUGGUAAACAUAGUGUUCGAAGUCCUUUUGUAUUAGCUAUUUAGCUAAAUUUAAAGAAAUAUGAAUAAAUGCAAGCUCAUUUCUUGUAAAUUCCUACUCAUGUGUUGUUAAUGUUAUUUACCCUUUUGUUCUAA